CGUUUCCGUCCACCAUUUGUUUUGAAAAUGGAGGCCACUGUGUAGAUGCGGAAAUGGUUGUGAAAUAGACACAAACAGACUCAUUAUAAUAAUCCUCUAAGCUUAAAUCUGUACUCUUGUACAAUGGAGGAGGCGAUGUCCAAGAGUAGAGAUGUGUUGGUUUUGCUGGUGAUGUCCUUAGCGGUGCUGUCCUUGUCCCCAGCUGGUGGUCAACAAACAAGAAUCAAAAGUAUAAUGGGAAAUGUUGUAGUCGACACAGCUUACGGUCCUGUACGUAUUCAUUUAAAAUUUCUCUUUUGGAUUUCUUUUUAUGAUAGUUAACGUUAGGUUAGUAGGCUACUUAGUAAGAUCGAAUGUUAGCAGUUAUACCAUAGCUCUUAUUCUUAUGUGACAUAACUAAGUGGGUAAUUUAGGUUUCAGUUAUUUGAAAACCGUAAAACCGGAAUAUUACUUUUUAAUUUAAAUGAUUAUAUAACUAACAAGCCUAAAACUGACUACGGCUACUUAUCAAUUUUUAUGUUUAAAUUUAGUAUAAAUUAAGAAAGAUAUCUUAUCAAUUACUUGAGUGAAAGCUCUACCUGUAGGACCAUUUUAUUCUUUAAAUCUUAGACUUUAGUCAGUGUCUUUAGCCUAUGAUAUUAGGUACUUUGACACACAUUUUAAAUAUUGUCCAAUAGCCACAAAUGAUACACCAUUUUAAAGGGCUCGCUAUAAGCUUUGCAAAAACACCAAUUUCAUCUUUCUAUCUUUUAUGGAAAAAAAGUUAUGAUUUUUUUUGUGAAUUUUUUAACCCCUUUAUUUAUCUUUGUAUUUAACGAAAAAACUUGUGACCAACUUUCCACAUUUCUGCUUUAUUUUGUCCACAACUUUUUUAUUUUAAAAGAUAAUGCUACCAAACUUUCAGGAGACAUUCUCAAUGCAAUAUACAACACAAUAAACAACAAAACUUUUAUAUAACAUCAAGACUUUUAUUUUUUUAUAUAUUUAAUCGAGGGUAUGUUCAGAAAAAAGUGAACAGAAAAAUUGGGAAAAUCAUUAUUUAUACAGGAAAAAUUGAAAAAAAUAACAUGUUUAUUGAAUUUUAACUAAUUUUAUUAUGCUUGUGUUAAAUUUUAAAUCAUUAUAUUUAUAAAAAGGUAAGUAGUCUUUUUUUAUAUAUAAAAUUGAACGCAUGUAAUUAUAUAUAACAAAUACUAAUAUCACCCAUAAAACUAAUUACAAGCAUACCCUUAUCGGAGUAUGUCAUUAAAUAUUUAAAAGGUAAUGGGGAUCUUCUGCCUGCCAUUUUCCGGGUAGAAUGCCCUAUAGUGACUUCUUUGUCUUGUUGAUGAAACCCACACAUUUUUCCUUCAUAAACUUUGUCGCCGCCAUCUGCAUCCAAACGUUCCGCCUUAUUGGAUAUGGGCCAUGGAAGGAAUUCCAAAGUUUGCAACAGAAAUGUAAAAUUUUCUCUUCCACCCAAAAGAAGCCUAACAUUAAAUACUAAUCAUAAUUCUGAAUCUAUACAAUUUUUAGUUUCUUUUUAAUAUUAUUCAAGUGAUGUUUUUAUUAAAUUUAUUUCCUUUUUUUGUUUUGUUUAUUUAAUUAGAAAUAUAUUAUUGUUGAUAUAAAUGUUAACAUUUUCUUAUGCCUCUGUCCUAGUUUGAUAUAAUUACUAUGAUGAUGUAGAGUCUUAUUUAUUUAUUUAUUUUAAUAAACUUGUUAUAGACUAAUUCAUAGGUUAUCUAAUUUUAAUUUUAAACAAGUCACAGUGACGCAAUUUUCACAAAAAAUAUAUCAUAUGUACGAAAAAAAAAUAAUUUUAUAAUGCAUUACCAUAUUUUAUUGGAAUUACAAUUGAUAAUAGUAUAUUUUUAAUAGUGGUAGCAACUGCUUUUAUUUUGUUAUUAUCAUUAAUUAUAAUUUAUAAAUACCACUAAUAACUAGCAUUAUAUAUUAUAGUAGUAGUAUUACUACUACUACAUAUAAUAAUUAUAUAAAUCAAGGGACAAAACAAGUCCGAAAUUCACCGGACUACACGAACUACAAUUAUUUAAAAUUAUUUAAUUUAUUAAGUUGUACUACUUUCUAAUAAUAUUGUAAAACAGUUUUCCCUUUAUUAACUAAUUAGUCUACCACGGAUUAUCAAAGAUGAACUAUAAUGAAUAAAUGAAAAUAUCUUUAAGUUAAAUUGGUAAUAACAACCAUUUCCGACAACCCACUUUUUUUUGUGAGGGGGGAUGACUCGGGUGACUACUAACAAUUUUAUUUUCUUACACCUUCCAGUUGGAUUGGCAUAACUUUUGUGCGUUUGGGCUAAUUUUAAUGAAGUAAAGUUAUUAAACUGUGUGAAUGAAUGAAGCAGUAUUGAGCUAAACCACUAUGUGUUUGAGUUUUACAUUAAAAAGUAAUAAGCAAUUAACGUGCAUACCGAUGAAAAAUUAAAUGCGUUACCGGUCACAAGAUUCUAAAUGCUGCAAAUAUGGUAUUCACAUGUUUGGAAAAAUAUGUGCUCUACGUCACCGAUAAUUUAAAUACUAUUAUUAGGAAACAGUGACGUACAACGCAAAACAACAACACCCUCGCUAUGCCGCAUAGCUAUAUUGCAGCUCAAGUUUUUCCGUGAUUUUUUGACUGCGCAGAAGGGAUGCGCGUGCGUCUUUUAAAAUACCUAAUAUGGCCCAUGCAUGCAUUUGGCUUUGCUCCUAUAUUAUAUAAUAUUCAUAAAUGAUUCAUACACCCAUUAAUAUAAUAAUCUAUGGCAUGGCACAUGUUUAUAGUAUGGGUAUACAAUAUUAAAUAUUAUCUGUAGACUGUAGUGUUAUGCUGUUUUAUCUUAUUUUAACUUUUAUUUAUAUAAUAGUAAAAAAUAGGCUACUUUGACGUUAGACUACUACAGUGGGCUACAACUACAUUGAAUGGUUUGAUUGAUAUAAUUUAACACUGGCUUUUCUUGACAAAUUAGAGACAACUGGAUUAACCUUAGGAUUUCACUCUUCUGACCAAUAAAUUCAGUUCAUAUGUGUUCUGCCUAAUCAUUCAGUCCUUAUAAAUAUGUUCCCAGUGCCAAGGAACAUCACAGUCACAGAGUCAGAGCAUUCUGUGACGUUUCUAUUUGGCUCCUUCACAGUUUUCUUUCACUGCAUUGUUCUAGCUGAGUGCUGUCCUGAAAUUGAGGUCAUCAAAUCUAGAGACAUGAGCAGGCAUUCUUUAUCAGCUGUUAUUUUUUUAAAAACUGAAAUAUUUGUUGAAAUUUUUAGCUAGGGAUCUUUUAACAAUUUUUAAAAACUCUGACUGGUUCAGAGACACAUUAUGAAUAUAAACACCAUUAUUUGUUUUGAGUUUUUUGUUUCAAAGUGUUGUGGGUCAGAUUCUAACCUGCAGACUGAAAGACUUGAGUGUAAGUGGAACACCUCUGACCCAAACUCUAAUUAUUGUAAAGCUUGCUCAGAUAUGCUACAUCACAUGUAACCAAAUAGUUCUCUGAUUGCUCUUCCUAACAAACUACCUUUUAAUAAAUAUCCAAUGUAUUAAUUUUUCAAUUUAUUUCAAUUAUAUUUUUGUUAUUAAAUUUUCAGAUUCGAGGAGUAACUUAUUCAUCCCAGUAUGAAAAUCUUCCAAACAGAUGGGUUAAUGCCUAUCUUGGGGUCCCUUAUGCUAAAACUCUAGAGCAAUAUGGAAGUGACUGGAGAGAGAAGUAUCGGUUUCAUGUAAGUUUUGAAAAUGUGUUUUGUGCAAAUAUCUUUUAUUUAAAAGUUUUUAUGGAACUUAACCUUUCCUGUAGUUGAGUUAAGAUUACCGGAAUAAUACAACUCACGUAUCUUAGUUAAGGUGAUAAAUUCAAACUAAUCCGUCAACGCCAAUGGUUUUAUUGAUAAAACUUUGUACAUUAACUGAGGCCAGGGAGUCUCAUGCAUUGCUCGUGUGAAAUUAAAAUUAAAAAAAACUUAUAUAUCAACCUUCCAGAAAGACUUCUUUGAAACUGUAUGAAAUUAACUAUAUAUUUCAAUUCAUUCUGAUCAAGUGUAAAUUGUGAAUGCAUCCUUUGACCAAAUCACACAAUGAAAAAAUAUUAUUCUUUUUUUAUAUUUGAAAUGUAUCAGCACAUCUCUAUUAACUUUUAUUAAACCUAAUCAGUAACAGCUGAAAAUGAGGAAUUAAAAGUUUUUUCACAUAAUGUAUGAAUACUUUUUCAUAAUUGAAUAGUAAUAUGUUCUAAUUUAAUUUAAGAUGUAAAAAAAAAAAAAUCACCUUUGAGUAGUUCAAAUAAUAAAAAAUAGAAGAAAAAAACUAUAAAAAAAAAAAAAAUUAAAAAAAUUAAAAGAUAACUUAAAAUACCAAAAUGGGUUUAACUAUUCAUUUUUUUGGAUCAAAACCUCAAGGCUUAUCUCUAAUUUAAUUUAAAAUGAAAAAAAAAAAAAAUCACCUUUGAGUAGUUCAAAUAAUAAAAAAUAGAAGAAAAAAACUAUAAAAAAAAAAAAAAAAUUAAAUAGAUUGAUAGUUGACUUCAAAUACCAACCUGGGUUUAACUAUUCCUUUAUUUGGAUCAAAACCUCAAGGCUUAUCAUUUCAGAACCCAGACGAGGAUCCAUUCUGGUAUGGUACUUACGACGCCACCAAACAUAAGCCUGCAUGCCCUCAGAUGCCGUGGUUGGUUAAAGAAACCGUUUGGGAUUUUUCAGAGGUGGCCGAGGACUGCCUUUAUCUUGAUAUCUACACGCCGAAUGUAAGAGUCGCCCAUGUUUAAAUAAUUCAAUGCAUUUUCUUUUGUGUAGCUUUUAAGUCUAAGGAAUCAAGUAUAAUAAAAUAUUUAAAGUCAACAGUGAGUCCUCACCUCACAAUGGUCUACAAUUUUUUUUACUAAAGAUAUUAUUAUGCAAUUAUAUAUGCCUCAUAAAUGAAACUGAACCUGACUUUAAAUUAAAAAUAAAUGCUUUGUUUGAUGUAAAAAAUUAUUGACAGUAGGAAAGUUUCUAUUUAAUAAUAAUAAUAAAGUUUAUUUAAAAAUCACGCUUCAUCCCCAAAGGCUCAAAGCGCGGUACAAAGUCAAUCAUAUUAAAAGAGAAAUGAAACAAUCUAUAUUUUACCAAAUUGAAAUGGAAAAAGCAACAUUGCUAAAACUACAUACGAGCAAACCCAGAGUCUUUCAUCCCUUGCAACCAUGAACAACAAAGGCCAAUAUACAUCUAGGAGAUAUUAGCUAACUGGAAAAGAUGGUAGACAACAUCACCCCAGCAGGUGUUUGCAAAAUAGAUGUGUUUUCAAAUCGGUUUUGAAAGACUCCAGUGUCUGGCUGUUUCUGAGAGCGACAGGAAGGGUGCUCCAAAUUGUUGGGCCAGCAAUUGCGAACGUGCGUAAAUGUAUGAGUUGUCUAGUGGGCACAUAAGGCAUCAUGAGUGCUUUGAGAUAGGACGGUGCGAUAUCAUGCGAGCAGCCGUAGCACAGAGUUGCAAUUUUGUACUCUAUGCGAGCAACAGACCGGCAGCCAAUGCAACUCUCUCAGAAGUAUUUUAGCAUGGUUGAAUUUGCGUUUGCUAAAGUAUUUAUUCAACUACAAUUCAAUAUAAUUACCUUAGUAACAUGUAAUGUAUAAAGUUGACCCUGUCAGGAUAAAUUGCCGGUGAUUUCAUUGAACAAGCUAUAAGUCUGAUAGCAAAAGCAUUGUUAAAAUUAACAAUUUCAUUUUUGUCCCACCGUCUUCAGAUGACCAAUGAAUCUCCAUCAUCCUCUCCAAACUUGUACCCAGUCCUUGUCUUCAUACAUGGAGGAGGUUUUAUUAUGGGUGCUUCCAAACAAUUCCCUGGAAUUUUCCUAGCUGAAAGAUUUAUAGUUGUCGUAGUCAUUAAUUUCAGACUAAAUGCUCUGGGUAAGUCUAAUUUGUGGAAUCACAUAUUUAUUUUAAAAAAUCCUUCAAUUGGUGACACUCUGAAUGGGUUACAGUUUAAGUUAUUUUAAAACAUUUUUCUCAAAUAAUCCACAAAUGUAGUUCCAUUUGACCAAUAUUUAUUUCGCAUUACAGGCUUUUUAAGUACCGGAGACCGGUAUUCCGCUGGGAAUUACGGAAUGUUUGACCAGAUCAAAGCAAUGAAGUUUAUAAAGAACAACAUCAAAUCUUUCAGAGGAAAUCCCAAUAAAAUCACUGUGAUGGGACAUAGUGCCGGGGCUGCCAGCGUGGGGAUGCAUCUGUUGUCGCCAAGAAGUGUUGGUAAGAAUAACAUUUUUCAUAUGGUUGCCUCUUUGAAACAUUGGAAAAGUCCAGCAUGUAAAGGAUAAAUAGAUACAAACAUUAAUCACUUAGAUAAAAUAAAUAGAUACAAACAUUAAUCAUUUAGAUAAAAUAAAUAUAUACUAACAUUAAUCACUUAGAUAAAAUAAAUAGAUACUGUCAUACAAACAUUAAUCAUUUAGAUAAAAAAAUAGAUACAAACAUUAGUUUGGGAACACAUGCAUAUUUUAUACAAGUUUCAAGGCGUCUUCUGACAAAGUUCUUUCCCAAUGAAUUUUUGAAUUGAAUUUCAUCCAUGCUGUUGUCAUCAGCUACCAAAUAUAUUAGCAAGAUAUAUCUAUGAUUUAAAAUAGCAGACCCGUUUACUCUUACGAUUUUGAGGUGUAUACAUUAUAUAUACUGUGUGUUUAUCUUUUAAUAUUAAGAUAAUUUAUUGAACGAUUUUGUGAUGAUAUUGUACGAUUUCAAGAGUUUGAGGAUAAACAGGUCUGAAAUAGGAGAAUAGACUAUUUCUUGGAGGUGUAAAACCAUAAUUAUUGAUGGAAACUAACGAUCAAUAAUUAUUUUUAAUUUUAUUGAAAAUAUUAUCUGUGUAACAUCCGCUAAGUACUGUAUGUCUGCUUCAUCUAGAUUUGUUUAACCAGGCCAUUAUGCUCAGUGGCUCUGAACUAAGUGAGUGGGCUGUACUGUCCAAGGCAGAUGCUUUUGAAUAUGCCAGACGACUGUGUAAGCAAGUUGGGUGUCCGGAGGUGGAUUCUCAACAAAUGGUUGACUGUCUGCGACAUUACAGAAGUUUUGAGCAGAUAGUCAACGCCUCGGCUCUGGUGGCCAUGCUGGUGAGUAAUUAAACUUUUAUUAAGAUCACCAGUUCAGAUUAUCAUAAACACUAUAUUGAAAUUCUUCAUCUGUUAACGCUUGUCUAAUUUGUUUUCAUACAAGAGAAAUACUUGUGGUUUUUGCGGGGGUGGGGGGCAUAAAAUUGUAUUCUCCAUCAGUGAAAGUUUUUGUCUUUAAAUUCUUUAUAAUAAUCCUUAGAUGUUUUUUUUUUAAAAAUUUCCUUUAAAUCUAACCUCACUGACAUUUUGUAUGUUAAAAUUAGGAUGAUAAUCAUAUUUAUGGAUUGUAUGUUAAAAUUAGGCUGAUAAUCAUAUUUAUGGAUUGUAUGUUAAAAUUAGGCUGAUAAUCAUAUUUAUGGAUUGUAUGUUAAAAUUAGGCUGAUAAUCAUAUGUAUGGAGAUUGGAAUUAACCCCACAAAUCAAUACAAUUUGUCAAAACAAAUUUCACUGAUUUAAAGCCAGUCUAUAACCGUAAGCCAUGACUGAACUGCAUAUCUGGUAAAUCACUUGAGAUUGCUUUAAAUUUUUUACAGCCCGGUAAAAUAGGUAAUCCUUGGGCACCUGUUGUUGACGGAGGUAUUGUUGGCGUUAAUUAUGCCUUCCUGCCCGAUCCGCCCGGUGAUCUUCGCCGCCAGAUUCGACAGAUGAAAGUGCCUGUCUUAGCUGGCAUGGUGAGAGAUGAGGGUGCUUAUUUCAUACGUAAGUCCUCUUUUUUAUUCACCUGACUUAAGCUUUAAACAAAUAAUUUAGUUAAAAAUAGUUUUUAACCUGGCUUCAUGGUUAAAAACAACUCACACAAUCUCUUUUUUGAUCUCAGCCAAUCUGCCUAAUAUUAUUGAUGGGGUAACAGAACCGCAGUUCAAGAACAUCAUAGAUGAGUUCAUCAGGUACAGAGAUAUUGACGACCCAAAUGCAGUGUUUGAUGCCAUGAGCUUCCAGUACACCUACUGGCCUCAGCCUAAAAACUACAGUUUUAUACGCAAGGAGCUCAUGGAGGUAAAGUUUAAAAAAAUUUUAAAUUGCUUCAAAGUGGCAGAUUCAUGUGAUAGAUUUCACGUGACAUCCGGUUUCAUAUUUAAAAAAAAAAAAAACCCACUUCAAAAUAAAGGAUGUAAUUUUUACAGAUAACAAACAAUUUUUACUCUGUUGGCUCCCAACCAAAAUGUCAAUGGAUGUCUCACAGCUUUCUUUAUGUCAGGGUAGCGGAGGAAUGUGGUAUUUAAUUGCCACAUUAAGUUUCAAGGCGUCUUCUGACAAAGUUGGUUGAGGUUGUUUUUUUUAAACCUAAAAUUUACCUCCUCCUUCAGAAAUAAUUACUUGGCUUUAGUGGGUUUUUUUUUUUCUCCAAUUAUUUUUAUCUUGCUCACUUGCUGUUUUGGUGGGAAUUAUCCCAGGCCAAGCCCGUUUGAAUUUUCUACCUUUUGGUUGUUACCCAGAUUAUUACUAUUAUUAUUUAUUCGUUCUUCACAUAUGAAGAUGACCAAGGCUUCGACUUGAGUAGUAGCCUUGACUUGAGCUGUAUUUUGUUUAAAGUGAGGGAGAGCUGCUACAUUCAUAAGCCUCACUCUCUCGUCCCUGUCUAUUUGAUCCAAUGGCUUGACUAAGUAAAGAUGACUAAUUGGACCAGGAUGCAGUGGAUGACCAGCUGUGUGUUUCACUGUGCUAUUUAUGCAUUCCACAUUGCAGGAGUUAACAGCAUUUUCAGUGUCAAUGUUAAAUACCCUUCUUUCAUUACUAACAACAACAAAAAACAACCAUCAGACAAACUUGGGACUUAAAAGCUCCUCCAUGGAGGAAUAACACAGAAAAUAUGUGUUAUAUAUCUGUUUGAACCUCAUUAGAUGAUGGGCGACUAUAUGUUUGGAGCUGCUCUCAGUGAGACCAUCAGGCAGCAGGUGCAGUACUCAACAGUCUUUCUCUAUGUGUUUGAGUACAGUUCGUACAGGAACUACGCUCCGCAAUGGAGAGGUGAGAUUCAUAUAGUACCUCUAUGUUAUGUAAAGAUCACUGCUAAUCUAGUCCCCUACCCUAACCUUGUCACCUUUUCACAAUUUAUUAAAGUUCUCUAAAGAUGAGUUAAAAAAUUGAGUUAAAAUUAGAAAGAAAAAAAAAAGAAGGAAAUUGAUGCAGAAAUAUGCUAUUUAUUAAUUCACAAAUCAUACUGUAUAAAUCAUACUGUUAUAAGAGUGGAUUUCAGAAUAAAGAAUAAAUUCAAUCAAAUUAUUUACUGACAAUGAAAAUCUGUCUUUAUUAAAAAGGUAUAAACCAUGGCCAGGAUUUAGACUACAUUUUUGGAUUUCCAUUCAUCAAUGAAACCUACCGUGAACUCCUGGGACUAUUUCCAAGGCAGGAGUAUGACUAUUCAGACAGAAACAUUUCAGAAUUCAUGAUAAGCAUGAUAACAAACUUCACCAGCUCUGGGUUUGUACUUGCUCAUUUCUUUUUUGUGGUAAUAACUUUAUUUUUUAAAUUAAAGAAUUUUUUUCUACUCACAUUUCCAUCUUGUAAUUUUUAUGUUGACACGCGUGCUCACAUGUUGAAUGGCAGAAGAAGGGUGGGUAUGGGGAAUGGUUGUUUUAAAAAAAAGUUUAGUGUAAACAUUCUUUAAAAAAAAAAUACUUCCUAACAAAAGGGUGUUAAAACGCACUAAACAGUAGAAGUAGAAAAUAAUUUACAAUACUUCAAAUGCAUCUUGCAAAGAAAUACUGUGCAAUUGUAGAUGUGCACUUUAUGAAGCCAAAGGAUUAAAAUUGAAUUUAGACGAAACUUAACAUAGACUUUCUUUGUGUUAAAAAAAUUUUUAAUAAUUUUUUUUGGGGGGUGUUUUUAUAAGAGAAAGUCUUAUUUUAAAAAUAAAUAAUUUUAAUACAUAUUUUUUAAGUCAUUGGUUGUAACAUGAUCCUGGCAGAAAUGAUAAUGGGUUCUCGAGGUCCUUAACAAUGAACUUAAAAUCUAACCAUAAAGACUAGUUUGCGUUUAUUACUUUCUGCAAUCUUCAAUCAACUGUCACCACUAAACAACAAUUUUAUUUUUCAUUCACAUGAAAUAAGCUUAUACAGAAAUCCACCUUGAAAUAUUUUUCAUGGCAGGCACUCAAGGAUUAUUUGUUCAUAAAAAUAUUAAUUUUUCUCCUUAUCACAUCAUCUGAGGUUCUCAAAUUGUUAACCCUGGAAUCACGGGUGAUUUGUUUUUUUCUAUUCAACAAAUCGGUUAUUUCCUCUGCCUGGUUAUUUCAGUGAGCCGACGCCCAGGACGGAACAGAUCCGCUUCUUUCGCAAUAUAAGCUGGUGGCACUAUAACACAGAAAACCACACCUACCUCAGCAUCAACAACGUCUCAGAGAACAGAGUCAAUUACAGACAGAAUGAAUUCCAUUUCUGGAAUGAUUACUAUCCUAAACUGGCUGGCUACUCCCCUUGUAAGUUUAAUGCUAACAAUUUUUAAAAAAAAGUUUUCGGCACUUUUAAUCAGGGCUGACAUCUUAAACAGCAUCAGAGGCUCUGGGCAAAGAAUUGCACCGAGGGAGGCCCCCCAUUCCUCUCUUAACCUUUUCGAGUAAUGUAAGGAAAAGUAUUUUGGGCUCAAAUUGGCCCAUGCAUUAUGACCAGGGUUUCUUUCAGACUAUUAAGUGGGUGGGGCGUGAGGCCCUGGGCCAACAGCCUGGAGUGCUCGUGCCAUAAAACGGUACUGCUUUUAAUACUUUUGAUCAUGCACUUACUGGUAUGUUAAUAGAGAAAAGUUUUGUUUUCUUGUGGGGUAAGUUUUUUCUUAUUAAAACUUAUAGAAAAGAGCCAUCACAUACUAUACUUGUAUGCAUGUUAAGGUAUAAAAAUAACAACAAAUUGAAUGCGAUGAAGAAGUUUUGGCUUUUUAAAAAAUUCUUACGAAGCGCGCUGGGUGAGGUGAACUUGACAGGAUUGAACUUGCGCCACAGUUAAACACAUCAACGGCCAGUAUGUCAGCAUGUUCAAUACUGUCCAUAUAUUUGCAUAUAUUUACCAACAGAUUAUUUAAAAGAGUCUGCUGAAGCUGAACCGGCCAAGGCGUCAACAUUUGAGUUAACCACGUGGUCACUGGUUGCUGUCAGCGGGGUUCUUCUUUUCGUUGUGAUAUGUCUGAUAAUUCUUCUGAUCUGUCGGUCGAGGACCAAGAAGUAAGUUUUUAUACGUUUUACUAAUUAAUUGAAAUACAAUGCAGAGGAAGUGCAGUACUUUAAAAAAAUAAUAAAUGCAUUUCUUAUUGAAAGUGUAAAAGGUGCCUAAACGUUUAUAUACCGGAACUUUAAAAAAAAUUUUUUUAGACGACUUUUAAAUUUGAAAUAGUGUCCAACAAUGUACCCAUUUAUUCACCUGCUGAACUAAAGUAAAUAUUUUUACCACUUAUUGAAAACCACAAUAUAAAAGCCAUAUUAUGUCUUUCCAAUUUAAACAAAACAAAAUUGCUGUGUGUGUUUUCAAUGUAUGCUAUUCAACGAGCCUGGAACUGGAAUAAAGCUACAUUGAAUGAUUAGAGUGAAUUAAAAAUUCCAGAUAUUAAUUCUGUACAAGUGACAUAAUUAAUUGAGGAAUAUUUAUUAACUCUAGAAUUCAGUUUAACUGUACAAACAUUACCUCACCAUGGUUUAAUAUAUAGGGUAGCGGUAGCAUAGAUUUGCACAAAUAUUAUCUAUGAGCAGUACCAUACUCUCCUGAUUUGUAUGACUUGAUGUUUUGAAGGGCAUCGUGGCUACAGGGGCGACCCAAUUUUCCUAACAUUUUCUGGCAUAAGUAUGAAGCCUUUUCCCUAAAGUAUGUGCUUGUUAAAAUGAACACACACCCCCCCCCCCCCCCCCCCAUAUGUGUAAAACUAUGUCUCAAAAUGGUUAUAAAAUGGUUACAAAUAAAGGAUAAACAAAUCUGCUUUUCUUCCCGCAGAUAUCCAAAGUAUGACUCAAAGUACGAUACAGCAAGUUACGAUUCCUCUACUCCUCCAAGCAUCAAAGGGAAAAACAACAAAGCUUAUGCCAUAACUGGUCACACCCUGCGAGAAAUAUCACUAUAAAAUUUACUCAUCGAUGAGAUAAAAAAAUCCGGCAUAAUAAAUUUUGUGAUAAAAAAUUUAUGAUUUUAAUUGCCUGCAAAGUUUUUUUUUUUUUUUUGUAUUCUAUAAAAAUUUGCUCAACCAAUCCCUAAAGAGCAUUGCAAGUUUCAGAAAUCUUGAAUUGGGUUGAGGUUUAGUCCCUUCCCCUCCCUGCUCUAUACUAUUACCACAUGCCUAAUUUAUGUUUGAGAAUAGGAGCGAUUGAUUCCUGUACUUAUAAUCCAACACUGAUUUUGGUGUCUGCUGCAUGUGUUUGUGGUUUAUUGAAUGCUCAGGGAGUAGUUGUUCCUGCUCAUAAAUAAUUUUGUCGUUUUGAAAAUUGAAUGUUGAUAAGGAUUUACAAAGGUCGGUGUAGAGAGAAUUAACCACCGUGGGUAUAGAGAAUUUGCUAUUGACACUAUAGGUCAGGUCAAGGUAUUUUUCUCAAGAAGACACCAUUUUUUUUGUGUAGUUAUGUUGAGAUAGUUGGUAAUGGUCAGGGCUAAGUUGGUAAUGGUCAGGGCUAACAGACUGUAUUUGAUAAUCAAUUGAUGCUUUGAAAUUAAGCACAUUUUACGAUUAGACUUGGGAGACUUUACAUACAUACAUCUUACUUUUAAAUGGCUUGUUAAAAAUGGGCAUGAAUUAGUAAUUUGAAAACAUACAUAUGUAGGCUCCAUAUAUAGUUCUGGCUAAGUAACUAUAAAAAAUAAUCUAAAAGUCACACAGGUCUCUCUUCCUUGUUUUCACUCAACAAAACAUCUAUCAAAUUUCUACUGAAACAAAUAUGUACAUAUCGAAGAAGAUUUUCGAGGGGGAAACAAAAUGGUUUCAACCUACUCAGUAAUGUUGUCAUAAAUGUUUUUCAUAAUUUCAAGGUAACAUUAAUUUUCUUUCAAAGAUAUUCUAAAUAAAUAAAAAAAAUACCCUUCAACUUUUUGUGCAACAAGAAUUUUUCUAAUGAACAAGAUUACUGCAAGGAUUGUGCCCUCAAAUUAUUAUUUUUAUUAUCUCCCUUUAGAUACCCCAAGUACCAACCUUCCCCAAGGAUGGAGAGAGAGGAAAACCUUAAGUUUUCCACGUGUUAACUAAUGCGCUGGCGUCGUUGGUGCGGGAUAAAUCACAAAGUUUAGAUAAUGAAGCAUUGCAUUAGUUUAGUUACUUCUAGUUUGAUUUACUCUGUUGUGAAUGAUACAUACGGUAAACAAAAGUUUGUUAAACUAAAGAGUGAUUAUAUAUUCUAUAAUUUUUCUACAAGGGCAGCUUAUCUACAUCAUUUCUGUAAAAGUGUUUCUAUUUUAUAUGUAUAAUAUUUUAACCAUUAUUAUUUUGUGUGACUGAUUUUUUUUCUAAAUUUCCUUAAGUAUAUGUAUAUUUUUAACAUAAAGAUCAGCUGAGAAAUGACAUUAAAAAUGCUUAUAUUGCAAUUGAAAAAGGAAAAAAAAAAAAUUUCUAAAAAUUUUGUAAAAAUUUUAAAAUUCAUUUUUUUAUCUUGGUCAAUUUGACAGAAUUACCCAUCAACUUCAAGCAACGUUAUUUAUUAAUACUAUAAUAAUUAAUAUUGACUGCAACACUGAUAGCAAAAGGUUCGAGGUUAUUGCUUACUGUAAUUUAAUUUCCUUUUUAGAUCUCUUGUGUGAAUCUGCCCCCCAAUUAUGUGUGACAUGUGACUGCUGUUUUUAUAUGAAAUAUAUAUAAAUAUAUUUGUUGCAAUUCAACUAUUACUCCUCGGCAAUACUUGUAAAUAUUAUAAUUGAUUGGUGUUGUUAAAUCUAAAGGAGUGAAUGUUUUUAAAAAAAUAUAUAUUUUAACAAGUUUUAUGUAUGUAUAAAAAUAAGUUUCGCUUUCAUGUAAAUAAUGGUUACAUUCCUUUUUUUUACUACAAUAAUGAAAUGCCAAGUGAGUUGCAAGUUAUAAUUUUUUAAAUGUUUUGUUCUCGUAUUAUUUUUUUUGUCUGUACCGGUAGGAACCAUGUCUACAUAAUCUAAUAGAUGUGUAUUAAUGUAUGAAUAUGUCAAGGAAAUCAUUUAGAAAAUAACUUUAAAAACAAUAUAGCAGAAUAUAUAAGCAGAACUAUUGAAUAAAUCAGUGUCUAUUUUUUUAUUUUUUUUAAAGAAAGAGCAAAAGCUUGUGGAACUUGUUCAACUGACACAAUACACAUGCACAAAUUUAACUUUGUUCCAGUUUUGCUGAAAGGAUGCAUAACAUCUAAAGAUUUAGACUAGAGUUGAUGUCUUAAUCAAAUCUAAACAACAAACAAUAAGACAAAUGAUGAUGAUUUUAAAAUUAGCAUUAAAGUUUUCAUCUAUUUAUAUACACAUAUAAAUAAAUACAAACACAUUUUUAACAGUGCAUUAGUGUGGUUAUUUCUUGACACAGCUGUAAUUUUUUUAUAGUUACCUACUCAUUCUUAUUUUGUUUAUUUGAUAAUGUAAUGGCAAAUUUUUUCUAUCCAGGUGUAUGAGUGAACAUUCUAUUUUGACACUUUUCCAUGAUGAGAGGAAAGUGCAUGAAUUUAAACUGAUAAGAUUUAAUUAGUUGAAACCAUUCCACAAGCCCCCAGUUACUGGCCUAUGGAAGAGGCCAAGUUAUGUUUACACUAUUCUCUGUUACUGUUGUGAGAAGUUUUUCCAUCUAAUGAUAGACAAGUAUUUUGGAACUUUACCAAUCUCCACUGAUUUUAUUCAAAUUAUGAAUGUUAUCUGUCUCCACUCAACUUUUCUGAACUAUGAUGUGCAUCAAUUGGCUUAAAAUAAUAUAAUUGUAGUGCUAAUGACUAUUGUACAGUUCACUGCUAAGUUCCUAAAAGUCCUGCAUGAAAGUCCUAAAAGUUUUGCACAUAUAGUUUGCCAAUCACUUUUUGUUAUUUUAAAUUUUACAAUGUUGCCUACUGACUACUGGUAGAGUAAAAGAUCAGGGCUUCUGCAUCUGAAAAUGUUUGGGAACCACUGUGUGAAUGUCCUGUCAAAACAUAGACACAGUGUAUAUUUAAACAUUUCCCCUUGUCUCAUAAACUUCUGAUUUUUACUAACAUGCAAGCUCAUAUAUGUACAUAAUUUUAGUAAUGUUGUUUGUAGCAGAACAUGUUCAUACAUUUUGAAACAGGUUCAAUGAUAAAGUAAACAGAAACAUUUUGCCUGUUUUCAUGUCAUUGAAUUACUUUGCCAAUGAAACAUUCCAUAUCUACAUUAAGAUUGUUUAUAUUUUUUUACUGACCAAUUGCCACAAGUUGUGUGUAAUAUUUAUAUAUACAUUUGAAAGCAGUUUACUAAUUAAAUACAUGAUUU